AUGCUCAGAUUGUGCUCAGAUCUGGCGAACUUCUCGUACAGCUUUGUUGUCCACAGUCACGAAGGCAACAGAUGAGAUAUUCCUGUGGGCCCAUUCCAACAUAAAUAUGCUAUGUUCAACAAUACCAAUGGCUCCGCACGGUUCGGUUCAGCAUGCUUCGGUCACUCCUUGGAUUCACCACCAAGCCCCACGGUCAUGGAGACGCAGAGAAGGAACUCGCUGAAGUCAUAGACCUUCUCUCCAAAUACCCUCGGUGUCUUGCAGAGAUCGACAAGAGCGAGUUCAAGAGUGAAUAUGACAGACUGCAGCGCGAAAUGUGUUUGUACAAAGCAGGGGGCUCAACAGCAAACCCAAGGAACGCGGAUAUAAUUUUGAAUGACUGCAGAGCCCUCAAAUGCAAAGUUAAAAAGACGAUUGAUGAUCGAACAGCGGCUGCUGUGAGAGCAGAAAUUUCAGCUCCCACAGGCGCAGGUGAUGCCCAUCGGAUCGCACCACAAGAAUCGAAAACACCAUCACCUUUAGCACCAGCCAGAGAUGCAUCACAUAUAAAACCUAGCAACUCAAAUCAACCACCAAAAGUCGAAACCAAAACAUCACUUCCCACAAUAUCUGCAAAGACGUUGACCACUGCUAAGGCUUGUCUCGAACCUCAGCCAAGCGUCCUGGCAUCGACCAAUCCUCGUGAUGGCCUUCCUAAAAUAGGACAUCGUAUUCCCGUGCAAGUUAACUUGAGGCAAGCAUUUUCCCAAGUAACGUCGGGAAUCUCGUAUGAAGUGGACUCAAUGGUCAUGGUGGGCGCAAGUGUGAGGUGCCCGACUCUGAAUAUCGACUCCCCAGAUAGCACCGGUGCUAGUACGGAUUUCGAUCAUUUCUCUUUGAAAGCAUUGACAACCUCAACCACAGCGAUCAUCUCGCACGGGCCCCAGGUUGUUCAGCAGGCACCUCAGCCCGCUCGCCCUCGGCGAGCUACUGGUAGGCGUGCACGACAGCAACCCGGUAACUUCAUGGGCUUCGUGAAUGGAGCGUAUGCGAGCCAUGGUUCUAUCAUAUGCCAAAAUUCCAGCGUGAUGGGUGCUACAUUGAAUGUUAACACCAGAAACUCCUCUGGGACUGGUGAGUACUUUCUGUCCAGCCAAAUGUCGAAUCUGGUUUCACAUUGCACAAAUGGCAGUGUUUCAUUGUGGUACUCAUCCCACGAGAGCUUGAUAAAUGCUGGUGAAUAAGGAUAGGGAUGAAUUAAUCGAUAUAGGGGGCACCAAGACAUUGUCUCUAUCCUGUAAUUAGGGCAUUCCCGUCGGUAUAUGAUAGAAUUGAUAUUUGGUGUACACUGCUAGCGAGAAAAGCUUAACUUAUUGUGUAAGAGGUCCUAGUUGAACGUUGACUCUCAGUGAGAACCGACCAAAAAGAGACA